ACGAGUUUUUACCCCCUUUUUUACAGGAAAUAAGAGUAUUCCUUCAGGAAAGCGAUGUUCAAACUAGGAAAAUGCUCUAAGGAGAACAGCCAUGGCUGGAAAAAACUUGAGCAGACAUUCAGUAGGGUGAACUUGAACAUUUUUACUAGGGAAGAACUGGAGGAGGACACGAAGAUGUUGGAGAACGCAGAGGAGGGAGGAAAAAUCGCCGCUCCACCAGCAGAAUAUGUUAAAAAAACAGUGGAUAAAGCUGUGACCAUACCAGCAGGAAGUGUAACGCAACUUAGAGGAUCCAAGUCCAAAUCUGGAACUAAAGUUGAAGAUAAACCUAAGAUCAAUAGUAGUAGGGCUGCUGCAGGGACUAAACCGAAUGCUCGAACUCCGACUACAACAACAAAGACUAAGACAAGAGCUCCAAAAGCAGUAGUUAAACGCGAAACUAAACCAAAGGCUACUGCCGAAGAAAAACCAUCAGAAACUAAGAUCAAGACUAAAGCUACAGAAGCUAAGAAUACUUCAGGAUCUUCUUAUGCAUUGACACUAAGGGAUUCUCAAGAUCCUAGCUACACUCGUCUGGUCGUACCUUAGUAAAAUUUACUAUAGUUUUUACACUCUUUAUAUUAUUUGCUUUUCACAUUACAGUAGUGCAAUCUGAAGAAGAAAGGAGAUGUAUGAGCAGUUCAAGAUCGAAUUCGAAUGGAUGGAGUUGUUCCAGAGGACCGCUCUGGAUGGAGCUAGACUCCACAGGAUUUUUUCCACAGGAGUGGAUCGCGCCUUGUAGAUUGGCAGAAAAAUCCCUCAAAUAAAUAGCAAGCAGCAGAGAAGAGUCGAAGAAAUUUUGAAGGAUGAUAGAUAUUAAUU